CCGUGACGUAGAGGAAACAAACAGCUUACAGUUUUCACGAACCGCAGGUGAAUUUCUUCGACUCUUGACCUGAUCGAAGUUACCACGUAAGACGACGCCUUCGAAGAGCCAGACAGGCAAGCUCAAGCUAGCUUCACGAAGGCGCACCGCGAGCAGCACAAAAUGGCAGGAUUAUUCGGAUCGGGGUCCGCGACCGCAGCGAAUACGCUGGGCGAUCUGUCGAAGGAUAUUCAGCUGAACAACGGACCGGAGGACAGCAUCUCGCACAUCUCGUUCUCCCCGCAAUCCGACCAUUUGGCUGUGGCGUCGUGGGACAAGAAGGUCCGCAUCUAUGAGGUCAACGCGCAGGGAGGCGAGGGAAAGGCUCUGUUUGAGCAUGAGGGCCCGGUGCUGAGCUGCGACUGGUCGAAGGAUGGUACGAAAGUUUGCGGUGGUGGAGCGGACAAGGCUGCUCGUAUGCUUGACUUGGGAUCGGGAGGGACUACCGCCACACAGGUUGCUGUUCACGAUGCGCCUAUCAGGUGUGUGAGGUUCUUUGAUGCGCCGGGCUCGGCGGCUCCUAUGCUGGUGACGGGUUCGUGGGAUAAGACGGUCAAAUACUGGGAUCUGCGAACGGCGAAUGCGGUUGCCACCAUCAACUGCCAGGAGAGAGUGUAUACGAUGGAUGUGAAGGACAACCUGCUCGUUAUUGGCACUGCAGACCGUUAUAUCAACGUCGUCAACCUCACCAAGCCGACGGAGUUCUACAAGACGCUGCAGAGUCCGCUCAAGUGGCAGACAAGAGUUGUGGCAUGCUUCAAGGAUGCCCAGGGCUUUGGAGUUGGCAGUAUCGAGGGCAGAUGUGCUAUGCAAUAUGUCGAGGAGAAGGAUGCAAGCCUCAACUUCUCGUUCAAGUGCCACCGCGACCCACCACAGGGAAACAUGACCAACGUAUACGCCGUCAACGCCAUCUCAUUCCACCCCAUCCACGGCACCUUCAGCACAGCUGGCUCCGACGGCACAUUCCACUUCUGGGACAAGGACGCCAAGCACCGUCUCAAGGGUUACCCCACCACCGGAGGCUCCAUCACCACCACCGGCUUCAACCACACCGGCACUGUCUUUGCCUACGCCGUCAGCUACGACUGGAGCAAGGGCUACUCGCAGAACACCCCGCAGUACCCCAACAAGGUCAUGAUGCACCAGAUCGUCAACGACGAAUGCAAGCCCCGGCCGACCAUCAAGAAGAGGUAAAUGCUCAUAACACGCGACGGAGAGACAGAAGCGUAUUUUUCUGGAGAUAGAUGAAGAGGCAAGAGCUAAUGGAGGACAAAGUAACCGCAGAUAAGGAUGAAAACAUGAUGGGAGGAUUUGGGUGGGGGGAUGGAUGGGUGAUUCGUGUGUUGUUAAGGGGUACGAGUAGGCGUUCUGGAGAGGGAAAUUAGGGUUUAGUUUUGAGCGGCAGAUACCAGCAUGGAAUGGGAAAGAUUAUUUAGUAGAUUCGCUGACCUGCGGUGCUUGUGGACUGUAUAUAUAAGAAUAUGGCGUUUGUAUGUGAGACUGGUGACAGUUGUGACCAAUGAAAACCUGCAUCCCGUAGGAAGUCUGGGCUGCAAGGAAUAUAGAG